GUUGUUUAUGAAACCGCGUUCAAAUCAUCCCAACAAAUUUGGUGCGUAUACUGCAUAUAAAAUGUGAACGAAGCAAUGACAUCCUUUGAAGAAUUACCUUGGAACCCUCUACCACAGAAUGGCCAAACUGUAUUUUUCACUGAGGAAGUGUAUGCGAGCCUUCUUGGCGUCGAGACCCAUGAAACACGUUUGGAACAGAGGCUGAAAAAAGUUGGCAUCCAUCUGAAUACUCUGGCUCAGAAGAAUUCAAAUAAACCCUUUUCAUAUAUAAUUGAGCAGCAAUCUUCACAAGGCUCUGUUUCACUUGGGACUAAGGGGAAAACUGUAAAAACUAUUAGAGGGGAAUCCUUUGAAAGUACAAAUGAACAUGAGGGAAAUAUCAGUGAAGAAACAUUUACAGCCUUAAAAAUAGCACAUCACUCUGAAUCAAAAACUUCAAAAAUUUUGGACAAAACAGAGGAAGGUUCUGAAAAUAGUUCAACAUCAGACUUCCGUCCAAAGUCUUUUUAUUCAGAGUUCACAGAAAAUGAGAACAUGAAAACAGUCACAGAUCUUGAAGCAAGUAAAUGCCCAAUUAAUGAAGAACAUAACUUUCAGCACAAGAUGAGCAGGGCCUCUAAGAAUUUAGAAGAGCCAGUCUUCUAUAAAAAUACUCCAAUUGAAAGUGACCAGAAACCAAUUAAAUUUGCGGAUCUAGAUCAGAAUUUCUACAAUAUAAGAGACAGGAAUGACAAAGAUCGCUACACCGCAUUGAUAUUCUGCAAGAAACCUUAUCACCGGAAGUCACAGUUCAGUGUAUCACAGCAGAGAUUAUAUAUGGACCUGUUCCGACAGUACGGCACAUUGCUGAAUACAGACUUUGAGGAAGGAAAUAAUGUGGAGUUUAACAGAUUCAAGAAAUUGACAGCUGAGGUGAAGAAGGAACAAGGCGCCUUUCAGCAAUAUUUGAAGACAACCUCACAGAAAUGCAAGAAGGAUUAUGAAUAUGUCCACCCAGAAGUGAAAAAAUAUGUAUCAGCCAAGCUGCUGUCCAAGCGCAGGAGAGUGUUAUCGUACCCACGUCACUACAAGCAUGUCAAGAUGAUUGCUCUAGAUGAUGAUGUCGGUGAUGAUCCACCGCCCACACUGAAGCAUGUUAGGCCUCUCCUUCAACUGGGUGUGGCGAAAAAGCUACUCUUACCAAACAUCUUGCCUGGGCUUCCUCAGCCGUGCACGCCAACAAACUUCAAGAAAAUCAACGAGAUAGAUCCAGCUAUACGAGACAACUAUACAGGCCCAUAUGUCUGGAGUAAUGAGGUAUGCAGUCAAGACGUAAAUGCAGAACAGUUGGCAGUCCCCAAUCUAUGCAAUGUUGUCAUGUCGGCAUCAGUUGUGAAAUAUCUGAUUGACAACCAGGGCAAUAGUGGCAAACACUGGGAAAUGCCCAUAACUGUGAGGGAAUAUCAAAUUGGAGUGGGGGAGAAGUCAUUCAUUCACCGUGUAGCAUUCAUUGACAAGCCAAUCAUAAGAACAACUGAAUUCACUCCAAAAGAUCAGAACCAGUUGUAUCAGAAACAUGCCAUCCCAGCUGUGGCCUUUAGACAACGACAGAAGGGUUACUCAUUUAUUCGUGCUAAACCAGUCCACUCUGUUGUUAAAGCUCCAGCAGCUGAAGAUAUUGAAAAUGAGUUGCAAAGUUAUGAAAAACACAUGAAAGAAAACAUGAAAAAUGAACCAGUCGGUGAUUUUCAUGAAGGAAAAAUACAUGUAAGUAAAGGAAAGAAAACUAGGAGAAAGAAAAGAAAGGGAAAGCAGGAAAAAGGUAUGUUUGCUGCUGUGCAGGAAAUAGACGACUUGGAGACAUUUGGAAUGGAUGUUCAAGAAAUGAAAGAAAAGCCAGAAAAUAAGUCACCAAAAACAAAAGGUGUAAAGCCACCAAUGGAAGAAAAGGAAACAAUAAUGACAGAGGAAUCAUCUACAGAAACAUCAAGUUUUGUGAAAAGGAAGAAGCUGAGACUGUCAGCAGAUACAGACCUGGAAAAAUUGAAGCUGGAACUACAAGGUAUAAAAACUAAAGCGCAGAAUGAUGCUGAAAAAUCUCAUCUUGCCAGUCAGCACAUGCUCAGCCCUACAAAGACAAAUGCGGCGUUGGAAAAUACAUUGGAAAUUGCUGGAACAAGUAAGACAGAUGUGAAAGAUGUGUCUAAAAGAUCUUCUUCAGGCUGGUUAAACAUUUUAAUGACUGAAAUUGAGAAGCCUUCUGUGACUGAAACAGUUUACAAAGCUGAGAAAAAGACUAAAUCUAAACAGGAGAAAAUGUGUUCUGCUAAGACGCAAGAUGUGGAAAAUGAUUCAGUCACAACUGUGAAUCAGACGACAGAAACGGAUGCAACAAACGAUAAAGCAAGUGUUUCUACCACUAAAACAGAUCCAUAUGAAUCAAAAGAAAGACAAACCAUUUUUGAAAAUAAAAUAGGCGAAGCAGAAGUUGUUGGUAAUAAUGAAUUUUCUUUGAAUAAAGCUGAUAAUAAAACAAGAAAGAAUGAAAAUGACCAAACAGCAUCAAAGGACAAUAUCCGUUUGAAAGAAGAUGAUAGAAGCAAUACAUUUGAAGACAAUGCAAUUAAAAAUGAAGUUAAACGAGCAAAAUAUCAAGUUAUUAAUCAAAAUCAAAAAGAUGUGAAGUCUAAAAAACCAUUUGAAGAAUCCAAAGAAAUAUAUGCAAAAGAUUUUGAAAGUGACAGUGACAAUGAUGAAUUAGUGAUUGACUUGCCUGAAGAUGUAAGUCUAGUAAGGCCUGAAAGAAUGGGUUUUUUACUGUCAACAGUAAAACCUGAAGUGCCUGGGACUGAAAUUGUUAAAGAAGUCCAAGAGUCAAACAUUAUUUGCAACGCAAGGAAUACUGAAAUAGAAGAGAGUGAUAUUGAUUUUAAGAACACUAACAAAAACCUGGAGUUGAGAAAGAAAUGAUUGAAACAGAUUCUGAAAUUGAAAAUUCACAAACUGUUGUAAAGAAGUUGCAGAAAAAUAAUGACUCAAAAAGUGGAGCUAAUGUUAAAAUUGGUAAAAAUGAGCAAAGCAACAACGAAAAUCUACUUAAAGUCACUACAAGAGCUUCCAAAAGACUUAGCUCUACUAAUCUCCAGGAACAUUCAACACCAUCUAAGAGAACAUUGCGUUCUUCAGGUGGCAAGACUGAUUUCAAUGAAACUGAUCUUGAUGUAACACCAGGGAGAAAGACAAGGUGUUCAGCCAGUAAGGCUGAGAAAAUGGACACAACCACUGAUGAAAUUAAACAAGAACCUAUAGAGACCGAGUUUGUAACACCAGUCACAAUACAUGGUAGAGGAAGACAGAAAGCUGGCACACAAAGGGGAUCUACGUCCAGGUCCAGAUCAGCAUCGUGCGAGAGCAGACAAACGAAAGAAGACAUUACAACUCUCAGAAACUCUUCGUCGGAAUCUCCUGCUACACCAGAAAAUAGUGUGGAUAGUUCAGUUCAAGUGAAGAGAAAACGAGGAAGGCCAAAAAAGUCUGCUCAAACUAAUGAAGAGGAAACUGACAACCCAAUGACAGCAAUACAAAGUAAAACACAUAUCAAAGCUGAAACAGACAAUACUGAAAAGACAGAUGUUGAUGGAGCAUCAAAUAAAACCAAGAUAAAAUAUGGUCAGAAAAUGUCAAUGAAAGAAUCCAGUACAUCAGAUCUUGCUAGUUUUGAGGGAAAGGAAACAAGUCAUUACCCAGAUACUGGGAUUGCAAAUGGUUCUGAAAAGAAAGAGAAACGGAGAGAGGUUCAUGUAAAUUACAAAAGCUGCUCAGAUGAUGAAGGUGGAGGUUUGGUUAUUGAUGAGGGCGAAGAUGAUGCUGCUGAGAAAAAUGAAAAACUUCAGAACGCAGAUUUAAAAAAACCUGUGAGGAAAAGGUCAAAAACUGGAGACAUUACUGAGACUGAUGAAGAUGAUAGCCUUGAUAAGGAGCUUAACAGUCCCAAAAGAAAGGGCAUUCCAAAGAUUACAGACAGUGAUGAAGAUGUCCAAGAUAAUCCUAUUAUCAAGUCAUCUUCUGCAAGUAAAUGUGUUCAGGGAAAACAGCUGAAAAGAAAAUCUGCAGAUUCAAAAUUGGCAAAAGAUGAAGAGGCAGAGAAGAUUAAAGCAAUGGCAGAUGCAAUGAAAAGAAAAUUGAAGAAAGGAAGUUGGAAUCUGAAUCUAAAAAAGCCAAAACUGUGUCUCAGGUUUGUACUGAUAGAGAUAAAAUUACAUCUGUGAAAGAUGUGCCUUCAACAGUCAAGACACAUGAUGACAAAAAUGAUUCAUCAACAUCAUAUCAAGGCACUGACAAGCCAUCCUCUAGCAACUUAUCAUCGGUUGUGCAGGAUUCAAAAAGUACUACUCAAACUCUGAAGAAUCAAACAAUGCAGCCACCGUCUAGGGAAAGCUCUUCAGCUAAUGAACCUCCAAAUAAAGAGAGCAUUUCCUGUGAACAGGUUCAGUUUGGAGUGGACAGUAUUCUUCAGUCCUCAGAAUUUCGACCAAGGGCUGAUGCGCUUAAGGGAUCUGUUAUUGAAACCCUGGCUGCCCAACAUGGUAUGUCGCACAUAGCACUUCCCAUCGAUGACAAUGUCACAUAUCAUCACUGGACCCUCGGGGAUAUUCAACGCACUUAUCAGGGUCAAAUACCAUGGAUUUAUGCAGAACCAGGGACUUGUGCAUAUUGCCCCCAAAAUGGAGUACCAGCCAAUAUUUGGAUAUGAGAGAGAGACGCUGAAUGAGGUGGCAAAAACUGGGCUUCCAUUUACGUCCGACCAAACUCUUCACUUGUAAGAUGUCGUGUGAAUGCUUUCAACUCGGAGAUUAUGAAGAUUGAGGCUGUGCAGUUUCAGGACCUUGUACCCCCUGAGUCCCUGUUCUGUCCUAAACAAGCAUUUGCGGACCUAGACAUGAUUCUGCAACAAAUCAAAAGCCUGAGUGUUGG